AUAUAAGGGGAACAAACAACAUUCUCCAUUUUUCUUCCACCACCCUGAUUUUUCUUCCACCUCUCUCUCCCCCUCUCUGAAAACCCUAAUUACAGCUCUGCCGUUUUAUCUCUCUCCUUUGUCUCAAGGAGACGAGACAAAUUUUUAGCAAUAAGGUCAGAUGGUGUGGUCAUUUCCCCUCUGUGGAGAGUAAUUAUCAUUGCAGUGUAAAAGGGGUAUACUGGAAGCGUACCGAUGGAGGCAAACAUCUGUGAUGUGAAUCAUUUGGACGCUGAUGUCCUUCUGCCUCCACGAAAGCGUCUGCUUGCUGGAUUGAAGAAACAGAGUCCGGAGGGUGAUAGUGCUGCAUGGCUGUCUCUAGUUGCUACUUCAGCUGCAGCUGCAGAUUCAGCAUCAGCUUCGGCUUCUGCAUCUUCUUCUUCUUCUUCUUCGCAAUCUUCAAGUGAAUUUAACACUCGCCUCAACAGUAUAUUGAGUUCUCAUAACUCUAAUCUUUCGCCCGAGGAGCUGGUAGAGGUCUCGAAUUCGGCUGCUGCUGCUGCAGCGAAGGCUGCAGAGGUUGCGAGAGCUGCAGCUGAGGAAAAAGCUGCAAUAGCUGCAAAGGCAGUGGCUGCAGCGAAGACUGCUUUAGAUUUGGUUGCCUCUUUUUCUGAAGAGGCAGCAGGCAAGGAAAAACACCUGAAAAAGAACAAGCUGAAGAAGCAUGUUCCAGUUCAGCUCUUGUACAAAAAAUACCAACCAAUUGAAAAUUGUAAGAAGGACGAAGAGUUGGCCCGGAAAUUGCACAGAGCUAUAAAUAGCUCUCCGAGAAUUACGAAGAAUUCAUCAAGUGCUGACGGCAAGGCUCAUAAACACAAGAAGCCUAAAAUUUCACAUGGUUCCGAGAAAGUUAGGGUUCCCAAUGGGGUAAUUUUAUUGGAACAGAACCCAGCAUAUACUUGCAAUGGACAUUCUGUAGCAGAUAAGGUCAACGUUGAAGGCACCAUCCAAGACAUGUACGAAAAUGGUGGACCUGAUAGAGUUGGUCGAAUGGAGAUGGAUAAUGGAGAAGCAGAAUCAAGUCGUACGAAGGAGAAAAUUUGGGAUGCUGCGAGUACCACCGGUAAAAAGAGGGGAAGAGUGAAGCUAAAAAAGUUGCCGUUGAGCAAUUGCACCUUCAGGGAUCAAGCAAAUCUGAAAGAAGAUACGGAUGCAAGAGGCUCCCCAUUGAUUGACAUGAACAUGGGUAACCCUACUGCCGCAAAGAAGCCUUUGUUCCCUGUGGAGUCUUCUGCCGAUAGUAUGCUGCCAAUUGAAGCCACACCGGUGUGGAAAUGCAAGGAUUUCAAGGCUCCGGCGUGCAUGAAUCAAAACAAAGUCAUGCAAUCUUGAUGUCGAAACGAUAUUGUUGUGACAGGUGAGGUAUGAGGUAGGAUUGGAUAGCUGAGGUAGGAUUCACGAUUUCACGUCUUAUAGAAAACGGCCUUAUUUCAUUACCCUUUUUUCUUCUGCUCCUUCUGGGUUUGUAAUGAACUUGAAACUGACUACUUGUAAAUUUAGAUGUUACAUUACUUGCAUCCGUCGUGGUUUACCCGCUCGUCCGAAUCGCCUGUUGCUCGUGAAGCUGAGAUAACAGGGAUGCAAUUAGAAUGUCCAGUGUUUUGUUGAUAUGUUGCACAAUAAUUACUGCUGGUGUGCUCAUAGAUGUAAACAACUCUCAUUGUCUUUGGUAAUUAUAUUCAUUUGAAAUUUUUACCGUCUGA